AUGUCCUCUCAAUUUGACCAGCUCUCGAGCGGGGAGUUCCGCACAACGGUCGAAGAUGACGGACUCGACGCCGACUACAGCAUGAUCGCAGAAUACCCCGAAGAAGUCGAUUACUACGUCCUGCUAGGCCUCGCAAAAACGCCACCUCCAUCCGAUGCUGAUAUCCGAUCCGCCUACCGGAAUUUGACUCUCAGCUUUCAUCCGGACAAGCAGCCGCCGCACCUCCGCGAUGCCGCCGAGAGCCACUUCAGACAUAUCCAGGAGGCCUAUGAGACGCUGAUUGAUCCCAAAAAGCGAACCGUAUAUGAUAUAGCUGGCGCCGAGGGCGUGCGACAGGAAUGGGGUCAAUUUGGGGCCAUGGGGAUCGCGGGAGAGGCACAAAGGCAAGAAGUCGGAGUUAAGGCGAUGUCGCCGGAUGAAUUCCGACGGUGGUUCUUGAAAUCGAUGAAGAAGCGUGAGCGGAAAGCUGUCGAAAGCUUAGUUUCGAGUCGGGGCGGUAUCACCUUAGGAAUUAAUGCCUCCUCAAUGAUCUCCGUGGAUGAGGAUGAAGAUGUAACGUUCCAUAUACCUUCGCCAAAGGUGACCACGUAUGGUGUUACGUAUAACUUCAAGACCCCAGUGUCAUUACCGCAACUUUGGACGACAGAGAACGAUGAAGACACCUCAAAUGACAAAGAAGCCGAAGAAGUGCAAGACGAGGAACUUGAACCUUUAUAUGUCACUUUGAAGGCUGGUAUAACCGGUGGCUUGGCUCGGCCUAGAAAGAUGGUGGCAAUCGAGUACGAGAAUGGAACAGAGGGAGAGGAAUCGGUACGUGGCACUGUUGCUCCAGCUUCGAUUAUUAGCUUACAGUGUUCUAGAUACAAAUGCCGCCGCUUGUCGCCUCUCAAAACUUCCAAUUCGGAGCCACCAGAUUCCUCGGUUACCGUAGAUGCUCUCCUUCUUCCCACACCAUCUAUGAAAGUGAACUUUGCGAGAGCCUUCCAGCCGCUCCCUGGUAUCAAGCCGUUCCAGGUCAGCGCAACCAGUGUUUACUCGCGCUCACUGUGGGAAACACCGCCUUCCCUGGAAGUUCAAGUCUCAAAAGAGAUUGCAAAGAGGAAGAUUGGAGUCCUCACAUGGAACAGUGGCUUGAUUGACUGGCCCGAUCUUCUUCAAGAGCGGUUCUCUUCACUCGGGAUGUCAGCUCAGAGUGCCGUGACUUCUAUGAACGAGGUCAGCAACCUACAACUUGGCUUAAUAUCACUGCCACCGCAAAACGCCAUAGAGUUUGACGAUGAUGACGAGGAGAGCGAAGAGCUGGACGAGGACACUCGACAUCUCCUUAAGAAGAAACGCAAUAUCGACCAAUCCGCUGAAUCAUGGCAGACCCAUCUUCAGGUGUCUCCAGGAGGAGGAGGCCUUGUACUGACAUAUUCGCGGAACAUCUUCUCCGGAAAGCCCGCUGAUGACCCAGUAAAGACUGAAUGGAGCUCCGAAGGCUAUUUCCCAAUGCCAUCUAUGGACCAGGCGCGAGCCGUCCGACUCGAGAUUUCAAGUGUUCUUGGGCUAGAUAUGUCUUUGAACUGGACCAUCAAGGGCGUUCGCCGAGUUGGCGAAUAUACUCGCGUUGGCCUCGGCAUUGGCAUCGCGGACAAGGGUAUCAUGAUGACAGUUUCAUGGAGCCGACUUGGUCAAAACAUCAACUUGCCAAUCAAUGUCUGUCCGGCUAACGAGGCAACAAGCGGUGCUACAGCGUUGGCUGCCAUCUUUCCCUGGCUGGCGUACUGUGCGGUUGAAUUUGGUUAUAUUCGUCCGCGUGAUAGAAAGAAGCGUCGACAGGCAGCCGCCAAGCGCCACCGCGAAUUGAAGAAGCUCAUUCCCAAGAAAUGUGAGGAGAGCCUUAAGGCCAUCGAACUCAUGUCAGACCAAGUACAGAGACGGCAAGCUCGCGAGGAAUCACAAGAUGGUCUCAUUAUCUUGAAGGCUGAGUAUGGGUACAUACCGCCAGCGAACAAGAAACCCAAGAAUGGGUUCACCGAGCCUCGGGUGAUUGAUGUUACUAUCCCUGUAGCUGCACUUGUUAACAAGAGUCAAUUGGUGAUUCCCGGAAAGUCGAUCAAGUUCCAAAUUUUGGGCUUCCAUGACCCUGCACCAUUGUUGCCCAAGCGGUUGAAGAUCUGGUAUAGAUUCCAAGGGCGUGAUCACUAUAUCGAGACGGGCGAUAAAGAGGACAUUGCCUGCCCCAUGCGUACGCAUUUGAUGUCUGAUUAG